UUGAGAAACAAAAUGGUUGCUUAGAAGCGUGACUGUUAGGAUUGCAACGUCAUAAAUAAAUGUUUUAAUUUGAUAAUAUUAAAGUAAUUAUUUUAAAAAUUAUAACAAAAUGACUGCGAUUCCAGGAACUGUGGCAUUCGAUGAAUACGGUCGGCCGUUCAUCAUUUUAAGAAAUCAAGAAAAACAAAAACGAUUAACCGGCGCUGAUGCGGUCAAGUCACAUAUUUUAGCAGCACGUAAUGUUGCUAAUACUCUCAGAACUUCAUUGGGACCAAGAGGUUUGGAUAAGUUGAUGGUAAGCUCAGAUGGAGACGUUAUGGUAACCAACGAUGGAGCAACUAUUUUGAAAAAUAUGGAUGUAGAUCAUGAAAUCGCUAAAUUGAUGGUCCAAUUAUCUCAAUCUCAAGAUGAUGAAAUCGGUGAUGGUACUACUGGAGUAGUUGUAUUAGCUGGAGCAUUGUUAGAGCAAGCCGAACAAUUAUUAGACAAGGGUAUACAUCCGAUAAGAAUAGCAGAUGGAUUUGAAAUGGCUGCUAAGUGUGCUACAGAUCAUCUUAAAACUAUUACACAGAAGUUUCCAAAGAUCGAUGAAAAUAUUGAACCUUACAUUAAAAUCGCUAUGACAUCUCUUGGCUCUAAAAUUAUCAAUAAGUGUCAUAGGCAAAUGGCAGAAAUUGCAGUAAAUGCUGUAUUAGCAGUUUGCGAUUUUGCUACAAUGGAUGUUAACUUUGAAUUAAUCAAAGUUGAAGGAAAAGUUGGUGGUAGAUUAGAAGAUACAGUAUUAGUACAUGGUGUAGUUAUUGACAAAGACUUCAGUCAUCCUCAGAUGCCGAAGAGGCUAGAAAAAGUUAAAUUAGCUAUCUUAACUUGUCCCUUUGAACCUCCAAAACCCAAGACAAAACAUAAGCUUGAUGUUGCCUCUGUUGAAGACUACAGAGCAUUACGUGAAUAUGAAAGAGAGAAAUUCACAGAAAUGGUCAAAUUGGUACAGGAUGCUGGUACAACGCUAGCCAUUUGUCAAUGGGGAUUCGAUGAUGAAGCAAAUCAUCUUCUUUUGCAAAAUAAUUUACCAGCAGUUAGAUGGGUCGGUGGUCCAGAGAUAGAAUUAAUCGCUAUUGCAACUGGUGGUCGUAUCGUUCCAAGAUUCGAAGAAUUAACACCUGAGAAACUUGGUUACGCGGGUGUCGUGAGAGAAUUAUCUUUUGGUACAACCAAAGAUAAAAUGCUUGUUAUCGAAGAAUGUAAGAAUUCUCGAGCAGUAACUAUCUUCAUACGUGGAGGCAAUAAAAUGAUCAUUGAAGAAGCUAAACGUGCUAUUCACGAUGCAUUGUGCACGGUACGUAACGUUAUUACUAGCCAAGAUAGAAAGAUCAUAUAUGGUGGCGGUGCAUCAGAAAUUUCAUGCGCAUUGGCGUGUGCAUGGCAAGCUGAUAAAAUAAGUACUUUGGAACAAUACGCGUUCCGUGCAUUUGCUGAAGCUUUGGAGACUAUUCCUAUGGCCUUGGCAGAAAAUUCCGGACUAUCUUCAGUAGAUUCGCUUGCUGAGAUUAAAGCUCGACAAAUAGCAGAAGAUAAUCCUACAUUAGGAAUCGAUUGUUUAAAUCGCGGUACAGCAGACAUGAAGGUGCAAAAUGUUAUCGAAACGUUAACAAGCAAAACUCAACAAAUUUGUUUGGCAACUCAAUUAGUCAAAAUGAUAUUAAAAAUUGAUGACGUACGUUCACCGAACGAUGCCGGUGAUGUAGCCUAAAAGUAAUAAACUAAAUUUUUUUUACUUUUCGAGCAUAUUAAAUAUUGUUCUUUGUUAACAAUUGCUUCAUUCACUUGUAUAUUGUGUACUCCUAAUUUAUGUUUCUCCCAUGAUCACAAUAUAACAUAAAUGUUUAUUUAUAUGAUAAUAAAAGAAAAUUACGAUACUA